GUGCGGAGGGCGGCGCCAAGGGCGCUGCACCUGUGGGCGCGGGGCGCGCGGGCCCCUCCCGGCGCGAGCGGGCGCAGUUCCCCGGCGGCGCCGCUAGGGGUCUCUCUCGGGUGCCGAGCGGGGUGGGCCGGAUCAGCUGACUCGCCUGGCUCUGAGCCCCGCCGCCGCGCUCCGGCUCCGUCAGUUUCCUCGGCAGCGGUAGGCGAGAGCACCCGGAGCAGUGCGCGCGGGGGCCCCCAGAGACGGCGGCGGUGGCGCGGGCAGAGCAAGGACGCGGCGGACCCCACUCGCACAGCAGCGCACUCGGUGCCCCGCGCAGGGUCGCGAUGCUGCCCGGUUUGGCACUGCUCCUGCUGGCCGCCUGGACGGCUCGGGCGCUGGAGGUACCCACUGAUGGCAAUGCUGGCCUGCUGGCUGAACCCCAGAUUGCCAUGUUCUGUGGCAGACUGAACAUGCACAUGAAUGUCCAGAAUGGGAAGUGGGAUUCAGAUCCAUCAGGGACCAAAACCUGCAUUGAUACCAAGGAAGGCAUCCUGCAGUAUUGCCAAGAAGUCUACCCUGAACUGCAGAUCACCAAUGUGGUAGAAGCCAACCAACCAGUGACCAUCCAGAACUGGUGCAAGCAGGGCCGCAAGCAGUGCAAGACCCAUCCCCACUUUGUGAUUCCCUACCGCUGCUUAGUUGGUGAAUUUGUAAGCGAUGCCCUUCUCGUUCCUGACAAGUGCAAAUUCUUGCACCAGGAGAGGAUGGAUGUUUGUGAAACUCAUCUUCACUGGCACACCGUCGCCAAAGAGACGUGCAGUGAGAAGAGUACCAACUUGCAUGACUACGGCAUGUUGCUGCCCUGCGGAAUUGACAAGUUCCGAGGGGUAGAGUUUGUGUGUUGCCCACUGGCUGAGGAAAGUGACAAUGUGGAUUCUGCUGACGCGGAGGAGGAUGACUCGGAUGUCUGGUGGGGCGGAGCAGACACAGACUAUGCAGAUGGGAGUGAAGACAAAGUAGUAGAAGUAGCAGAGGAGGAAGAAGUGGCUGAGGUGGAAGAAGAAGAAGCUGAUGAUGACGAGGAUGAUGAGGAUGGUGACGAGGUAGAGGAAGAGGCUGAGGAACCCUACGAAGAAGCCACAGAGAGAACCACCAGCAUCGCCACCACCACCACCACCACCACAGAGUCUGUGGAAGAGGUGGUUCGAGAGGUGUGCUCUGAACAAGCCGAGACGGGGCCAUGCCGAGCAAUGAUCUCCCGCUGGUACUUUGAUGUGACUGAAGGGAAGUGUGCCCCAUUCUUUUACGGCGGAUGUGGCGGCAACCGGAACAACUUUGACACAGAAGAGUACUGCAUGGCCGUGUGUGGCAGCGUCAUUCCUACAACAGCAGCCAGUACCCCUGAUGCCGUUGACAAGUAUCUCGAGACACCUGGGGAUGAGAAUGAACACGCCCAUUUCCAGAAAGCCAAAGAGAGGCUUGAGGCCAAGCACCGAGAGAGAAUGUCCCAGGUCAUGAGAGAAUGGGAAGAGGCAGAACGUCAAGCAAAGAACUUGCCUAAAGCUGAUAAGAAGGCAGUUAUCCAGCAUUUCCAGGAGAAAGUGGAAUCUUUGGAACAGGAAGCAGCCAACGAGAGACAGCAGCUGGUGGAGACACACAUGGCCAGAGUGGAAGCCAUGCUCAAUGACCGCCGCCGCCUGGCCCUGGAGAACUACAUCACCGCUCUGCAGGCUGUUCCUCCUCGGCCUCGUCACGUGUUCAAUAUGCUAAAGAAGUAUGUCCGCGCAGAACAGAAGGACAGACAGCACACCCUAAAGCAUUUCGAGCAUGUGCGCAUGGUGGAUCCCAAGAAAGCUGCUCAGAUCCGGUCCCAGGUUAUGACACACCUCCGUGUGAUUUACGAGCGCAUGAAUCAGUCUCUCUCCCUGCUCUACAACGUGCCUGCAGUGGCCGAGGAGAUUCAGGAUGAAGUUGAUGAGCUGCUUCAGAAAGAGCAAAACUAUUCAGAUGACGUCUUGGCCAACAUGAUUAGUGAACCAAGGAUCAGUUACGGAAACGAUGCCCUCAUGCCAUCUUUGACCGAAACGAAAACCACCGUGGAGCUUCUUCCUGUGAAUGGAGAGUUCAGCCUGGACGAUCUCCAGCCGUGGCAUUCUUUUGGGGCUGACUCUGUGCCAGCCAACACAGAAAACGAAGUUGAGCCUGUUGAUGCCCGUCCUGCUGCCGACCGGGGACUGACCACUCGACCAGGUUCUGGGUUGACAAAUAUCAAGACGGAGGAGAUCUCUGAAGUGAAGAUGGAUGCAGAAUUCCGACAUGACUCAGGAUAUGAAGUUCAUCAUCAAAAAUUGGUGUUCUUUGCAGAAGAUGUGGGUUCAAACAAAGGUGCAAUCAUUGGACUCAUGGUGGGCGGUGUUGUCAUAGCGACAGUGAUCGUCAUCACCUUGGUGAUGCUGAAGAAGAAACAGUACACAUCCAUUCAUCAUGGUGUGGUGGAGGUUGACGCCGCUGUCACCCCAGAGGAGCGCCACCUGUCCAAGAUGCAGCAGAACGGCUAUGAAAAUCCAACCUACAAGUUCUUUGAGCAGAUGCAGAACUAGACCCCCGCCACAGCAGCCUCUGAAGUUGGACAGCAAAACCAUUGCUUCACUACCCAUCGGUGUCCAUUUAUAGAAUAAUGUGGGAAGAAACAAACCCCUCUGUUUUAUGAUUUACUCAUUAUCGCCUUUUGACAGCUGUGCUGUAACACAAGUAGAUGCCUGAACUUGAAUUAAUCCACAAAUCAGUAAUGUAUUCUAUCUCUCUUUACAUUUUGGUCUCUACACUACAUUAUUAAUGGGUUUUGUGUACUGUAAAGAAUUUAGCUGUAUCAAACUAGUGCAUGAAUAGAUUCUCUCCUGAUUAUUUAUCACAUAGCCCCUUAGCCAGUUGUAUAUUAUUCUUGUGGUUUGUGACCCAAUUAAGUCCUACUUUACAUAUGCUUUAAGAAUCGAUGGGGGAUGCUUCAUGUGAACGUGGGAGUUCAGCUGCUUCUCUUGCCUAUGUAUUCCUUUCCUGAUCACUAUGCAUUUUAAAGUUAAACAUUUUUAAGUAUUUCAGAUGCUUUAGAGAGAUUUUUUUUCCAUGAUUGCAUUUUACUGUACAGAUUGCUGCUUCUGCUAUAUUUGUGAUAUAGGAAUUAAGAGGAUACACAUUUGUUUCUUUGUGCCUGUUUUAUGUGCACACAUUAGGCAUUGAGACUUCAAGCUUUUUUUUUCUCCACGUACCUUUGGGUCUUUGAUAAAGAAAAGAAUCCCUGUUCAUUGUAAGCACUUUUACGGGGCGGGUGGGGAGGGGUGCUCUGCUGGUCUUAAAUUACCAAGAAUUCUCCAAAACAAUUUUCUGCAGGAUGAUUGUACAGAAUCAUUGCUUAUGACAUGAUCGCUUUCUACACUGUAUUACAUAAAUAAAUUAAAUAAAAUAACCCUGGGCAAGACUUUUCUUUGAAGGAUGACUACAGACAUUAAAUAGUCGAAGUAAUUUUGGGUGGGGAGAAGAGGCAGAUUCAAUUUUCUUUAACCAGUCUGCAGUUUUAUUUAUGAUACAAAAGAAGAUAAAAAUGGAAGUGGCAAUAUAAGGGAAUGAGGAAGGCAUGCCUGGACAAACCCUUCUUUAAGAUGUGUCUUCAAUUUGUAUAAAAUGGUGUUUUCAUGUAAAUAAAUACAUUCUUGGAGGAGCA